CUUGAACGGAAAUGACGCGUCCCUGCUCGGGGCGGAAGUUUCCCGCCCCACCCGUAAGAGUUGAGGUUUGAGCAGCGCAAGUGAGGUUCUUGUCCGGGUUCCAGUUUUUCCGUGGCUCCUCCUCCUCCUGUCGUUGCAGGUGUUAUUCCUGGGACUCAGAUGGACCACACAUCCCCGACCUACAUGCUUGCUAACUUAACCCACUUACAUUCAGAACAACUUCUGCAGGGCUUGAAUCUCCUUCGCCAGCAUCACGAACUCUGUGACAUCAUUCUUCGAGUAGGUGAUGUUAAAAUCCAUGCUCAUAAAGUGGUACUUGCCAGCAUCAGCCCGUACUUCAAAGCCAUGUUCACUGGAAACCUCUCUGAGAAGGAGAACAAUGAGGUUGAGUUUCAGAGCAUUGAUGAGGCUGCCCUGCAGGCCAUUGUGGAGUAUGCCUAUACUGGGACAGUCUUCAUUUCUCAGGAUACGGUGGAGAGUCUCCUGCCCGCAGCAAACCUACUGCAGAUAAAACUUGUCCUGAAAGAAUGCUGUGCAUUUCUUGAGAGCCAGCUUGACCCUGGGAACUGUAUUGGAAUUUCCCGUUUUGCAGAGACAUAUGGCUGUCAUGACCUUUAUUUGGCGGCUACUAAAUACAUAUGCCAGAAUUUUGAAUCUGUUUGCCAGACAGAAGAGUUUUUUGAGCUUACGUAUGCUGAUUUGGAUGAAAUUGUCUCCAAUGACUGCUUGAAUGUCGCUACUGAAGAGACAGUUUUUUAUGCAUUAGAGUCUUGGAUCAAGUAUGACGUGCAAGAACGCCAGAAAUACUUAGCACAGCUGCUGAACAGCGUUCGAUUACCAUUGCUGAGUGUUAAGUUCCUCACUAGGCUCUAUGAAGCAAAUCACCUUAUCCGUGAUGAUCGUACGUGUAAACAUCUGUUGAACGAAGCCCUAAAGUACCACUUCAUGCCUGAACAUAGACUCUCUCAUCAGACAGUCUUGAUGACGCGACCUCGCUGUGCUCCCAAAGUGUUGUGUGCGGUAGGAGGAAAAUCUGGACUCUUUGCCUGUUUGGAUAGUGUGGAGAUGUACUUUCCCCAGAAUGACUCUUGGAUUGGUCUGGCGCCCCUAAAUAUUCCUCGCUAUGAAUUUGGAAUAUGUGUUUUAGAUCAAAAAGUUUAUGUUAUAGGUGGUAUUGAAACUAGUGUGAGUCCUGGUGUCACCGUGAGAAAACACGAAAAUUCAGUGGAGUGUUGGGACCCUGAUACAAAUACCUGGACUUCUCUAGAGAGAAUGAACGAGAGCAGAAGUACCCUUGGAGUAGUAGUCCUUGCUGGAGAACUUUAUGCUUUAGGUGGAUAUGAUGGACAGUCUUACUUGCAAUCUGUAGAGAAGUAUAUCCCCAAAAUAAGACAAUGGCAACCUGUGGCCCCAAUGACAACCACAAGAAGUUGUUUUGCUGCAGCUGUUCUGGAUGGAAUGAUUUACGCCAUUGGAGGGUAUGGCCCCGCUCACAUGAACAGUGUGGAGCGCUAUGACCCAAGUAAGGACUCCUGGGAGAUGGUUGCAUCCAUGGCCGAUAAAAGGAUUCACUUUGGCGUCGGAGUUAUGCUAGGCUUUAUUUUUGUGGUAGGUGGGCACAAUGGUGUCUCCCAUUUGUCGAGCAUCGAAAGAUAUGACCCGCAUCAAAAUCAGUGGACAGUGUGCAGACCAAUGAAAGAGCCCAGGACAGGAGUUGGUGCUGCAGUAAUUGAUAACUACCUUUAUGUAGUCGGUGGUCACUCGGGGUCUUCCUAUUUGAACACAGUACAGAAAUACGACCCUAUCUCAGAUACAUGGCUGGACUCAGCUGGCAUGAUAUACUGUCGCUGCAAUUUUGGAUUAACAGCACUUUGAGAAGUGUGAACUUGUGGGAAUCGCACAUGGUGGUGCCAUGGAAAGAAGGCCCAGUGUCCUGAAAACUGCAUUGCUUUCUCUGUAACUUGAAGUGGCGUGAAGACUCAGAGCUUUGUUGGGUACUUUGAACAGACAAAUAGUUUGAAUUGCUCUUGAUUAUAUAGUAAAACAAUAAUUAAGAAAAAAAAAGAAAGGAAGGGAAAAAAAAGGAAAGACCUAACCAAUUAAAUUGUGCACUUUUCUCCACUAAGACUGGGAUAGACUAGUUUUUAUAAUGCUAAAUGUAGAGAAAACCUUGCUGCUUUUUAAUUUUGUUUUCAAUAAUUUUAGCUCAUUUUUUUAAAUCUGUAUUUUGAUUUACUAGGAAGAGAGAAGCUUCAGACCCUGGAGUAUAUUGAAUGACUGGACAGAAUGUGGAUAGUGAUUGUUGGAUAUAAAUUCAUAUGCUUAACAUUGGUUUUUUUUUUUAAAAAGGGCUGCUUUUCCUUUGGGUACUUUUAAGGAUUGUAAAUACCAUGUCAGUCAUCUGAGGGCUCUUUCUGCUAAAUGAUUUUAGGGCUAAUAGUGUGAUAAAGUUGCAAAACAAUGGCUUUUAUUAUCAUAUUUGGGGCCCUGUUUAAGACAGGGCAUAUUUAUUGUUUGUGCUUUUUCUGUCUGGGCUGAUGACCUCCUCUGUGCUUUGGUGAGCAUGGAUAGAGAGCAAACCGCGUUGGUUUCAGCUGUUCUCCAGUGCUACACAGCAGGCUUCUGACAGUCGAUGUAAAUACAUUUGGAAGCUGCCUGGUACCACCCUUGAUGCAUAUUGUUGUUUUUAUGUGUUCUUAAUUUUAGUUUUUUAAGGUCCUAAUUUUGUUUUCAGUGUUCAAAUAUAAAAAUGGUGCUAACUGUAGGAUGUAUAACAAAGCUAUAACCAAUGUUAUUUGGGUGUUCAGUGUGAGAUGCAUGAUGUACUAUGAUAAUCUUUUUCAUUUUUUAUUGGCUUGACUUCAUUUGUGCUUAUGGAAAAUAAUAGUGAUUACAUUAAUGUUAACAUCCAAAACCAUCUGAAUGGCUUGAGUUAUACUUCCCAUGGUUUUUGAAUGGUGACUUAAAGAAUGAUGCUUUUUUUUUUUUUUAACUUUCUUUCUUGUUCUAGAAAUUACAUGUCCUUUAAUACAGACAUACAUGCACCAAAUACAACAUGCUAGGCAGGUGUGCAUUACUUUUUUCAUUUCUUAGGUAACUGAGUAUUUUUAAUUUAUUGAGGAAAACUGGAACUCGAUGUUUACUUGAAUAAAUGGUUCUAAAUUUGGUUCUGCUUUGAUUAAAGAAACAAUCUUUCACAACAAAACUGUUACAGCCACUGACAGCUUAUUUAAAAAAAUAGUUAACUUAUUCUAGCAUGGUUUAGUAAAUAUCUGUUAGUCUUAACACAUUAAUUUGCAUUUUAUUUACUAUGUUGGUACUUGCAUUUUCGUAUUUAGUAAUUUUGUUUUCGUUUCCUUUAUUUUUUUUCUUUUUUACCUACCUACUCUCUCUCUUUAUAACUUCUACAAGACCAGUGAAUAUUUUUUCCUAAGAAAAAGAACUCAUCCUGCAUUCUUAAGUGCCAUACUAUUCUAACUAUUGUUAAGAAGCCAUUUGUAAUUAUAAAGCCUAGCUUUACCUGUUAGCAUAUAUGUUAUUACUCAAAAACUAUAGCCGGGCAAUUUGUAGAUUUCCUUGUUUUUCCAUAAACUACCCAUUGUAGAUUUGAGACUAUACUAUGAAACUAUGUAAAUCAUCUUUAGUCAUAAAGUAACACCAUGCUUUACAAAUAUUUGCACAGAUUAUGAAGCCUUGCAAGUAAUUUUUAGUCUCUUUUAACCUAGAACUCAACAGAAGCUAAUACAAUCAACUAAGUAUUUUCUGUGUCGCUUAUUUGAAUAUCAUAGUGACACAUAGCAAUAACUUUUUCAUUGGUUUGAAUAAAUCUGUUGAAUAGGAAUAAGGUGCACUAUUGUGGUUGGCCUAAACCUUAUUUAAAGAAAAGCAUUUUAAAGUAGAUUCCAGCAGAUACACACUUUUAAAUCCUAAGCAUAAAUGUUUUUGUUUAUAUCAGUCAAAUUAUUAAAUGUAUCAUUAUGCUACUUUUAAUCUCUUCCUCCCAGAAGUGAAGUGAAUUUGAAAGACUAGAAAGUUAUUUUAAACAUAAACACAUCUAUUCUAAUCAUUCUAUUUUAACAGGGCUUUACUCAUAUAUUGUUUCCAGUAUGCAAUUCCUAUAAAAUACAUAGCCAUUUGGUAGGUUAGAUCAAAAGUAUGUACUGACUAUUAUUAUUUUUUUUUAAUCUUAAGUUUUAUCUUGCUUAAAAACUAAAUGCAAAACAUUUUGGGCAACGGUAGGAUCAUGUUUCUGUGAACAAAGUACAGAAACAUACAAAGCAGAAAAAAUUGCACUCAAAAUUUAGAAAUACACUGUAUUUUAGGAAUCCUGUUGUAUUUUUCAUAGUAAGCAGAGCUACUAUAUGUCCUGACACCUGGUAAGUUUACAACAGAGAUUUCUCUUCAAAUUCGAGAAGUUUCAUAUGAAUACUGUGCUGGUAAGUUGUGAAUGUAAAGCUACAUGUUUCCUAUGCAAAACAGGAUGAAAUGUUAGAUUUAAAAUCUCCAGGUUUAAUGUUUUUAGAAAUAUGUAUGUAUACAUACACAUUUGUAUAUACCAAUAUAUACACAUAUACAUUCAAUAAAUAUUGGCUACAUAUGUGUAUCUAUAUUCACUCAAGAACUUGAAAGCAAUGUAAGACUUCCCAGAAACAUUUGGAAAAGAGUGACAGGGACGUAGAGAUCUGAUCAAUUGCAGUGCCACUUGUCCUCUAGAAUUAUGUUAACGAAUGUGUAUGCAAUGUUUGGCUAUUUAAUAUUUAUUUAUGCAGUAAUAGAACUUAAUUGAUUUUUAAGGUAAACCCAAAGGAUAUUUGCAAAUUUCAUGUUAUUGCUAAUAUUUUAAAUAUGAAUGAAUAUCAAAUUAUAGAAUGUAGUAUCAAAUGAUAGGAAAAUGGCACUUGGUUUUGAAAGGUUUUUAUAGUUCAACAUAUGUGGAGGAUCUAUAUAUGUGGAGAUACCACGCUAGAUGCUGUGGUGGCAUCUACUCAAAUGCAGAUAGGCUACAUUCUUCACUCAAAAGAGUAAACUAUAAUGGAGUUCAUUCACUCCAAUAAUGAUUAUGAAAAUCUGUAACCUAACUCCUUAUUUCUAAGGUCAUAGGAAGUGACUUGAAGCUUAGUUUAUAUAUAAACAAAUACUUAGUGUCCAGUUAGAUUUUAGUGACAUAAGCAAGAUUUGUGAAAAUUGUAAUGUUUAUAGAAUCCAUGUGGGGUUUGGAGAGAUGGCUCAUCAGUUAAGACUGACUGAUGCUCUCAAAGAGGACCCAAGAUUGGUUUCCAGCACUCAGAGAGGGACAACUGUCCCACAGCUCCAGGGGAUCUGAUGCCUUUCUCUGGUCUCUUUGGGUGCACCACCACCACCACCACCACCACCACCACCACCACCACCACCCACCCACCCACACACACACACACACAAAUAAAAAAAAUAACUUUAAAAAAAAAUUUCCAUGUUUCCUGGAAUUGGAUGGUAUAUUUUCUAAAGGAAAAACAAAACUAGGAAAGACAUGGACCCAUUUUCUAGAACACCGUGGCUCUGGCUAACAUUAAGGAAAAUACAUGUGUGUAUUAUGCUGGGUCCUGGUGUUUGUUUUCAGCUGUGAUGGUGGAUUCCUAGUGUUGUCACCAAAGUGCUCAUUUUUAGGAAAAUCAAAUUCUACAGUGAAGUCAAGUUCAAUUGUGAUAACCUCUCUAAACUUUCUAUACAGAAAGUACACAAGCUCUGUGACGUGUCAAGUUAACAUCCUGUUCUGCUAAUCAACCCUCUCUUUCCCACUAUAGACAGCACUUUAAUUAGACAAGAUUUAAUUAGAUAAUGAUUCUGUGGCUGGGUAUUUAUUGGCUCUUCACUUCCAGUGUACUGAAUUCAGUGUUGAUAUUCACAUUUGGAAAAUAAGUUUAAUACAUUUUGAAUAGAAAAAGUUUACAAAUCUUACUAGUGUGAAUAUGGUCAAAUAAAAAUCCAGUUUACAUCUCGCAGAGAGAAAAAUUGUCACCCACGUCUUUCAUAUUAUAUAUCCGCAUGUCUUCUACAUUUAAUUUUGUCAAGUUAUCGUGUGAAGUCCCACUUAUUUUAAAAUACCAAGCAAAAAGUUCCAAGUUUGCCUUAAUAUACAUGUGAAAUUAAAGAACUGGAUGAUAAUACCUAUAUCUUUGCCUUAUGAAUUGUGCCGUGUCAUGAACCAGAGAUGGCUGUGCUUUUAACAGGAUUCUAAAGCAUUGUAGAUGUGGAGUACCAGUGGGUGUCCUCUGUUGCAAAGAGUGUGGUUGGUUGGUUGUCAAUAAGGUUCAUGUUUAAAUGUUUUGUACCUGUAUUUUACCUCUGAAUAGAUACUUUUUAGCAUCAGGGUUUUAUUUUAUUUUUGUUUACAUAGUAAAGUGGCAUUUAACUUGUUGAAGAUUGUAUUCUUUUUUAUUUUAUUUUAAGAGUUCUUUGUGCAUAUUAUUGUGGUAAUGCUCUGUAAUGGUUAUAGUUAUAUUUCACUUAAUGUGAAAUGUUUAAAAUAAAACUGAAAAAUGUAAA